UUUUUUUUAUCUUUCAAACACUCAUCUACAUAAAAUGUUGAACUUUAGACACAUGGGCGUUGAGGAGUGUCUGUGGGCUGGUACAAAGCUGGAUCUUGUCAGUGUCUUUGGCUGCAUCUGUUGAGGGUUCGCAUUUGCUCAUCAGGAGGAGCAGGCAGACGAGUAACCGAGGACCGCUAGAGAAUAAACUUUGAGAACUUCUGCCUUAAGUCCAGCGUUAACUCUUUUCAUUUUUUCACUAGUCCAGUUCAUCUCCAGCAGGUUCAUGUGUUUUCUCAGCACAGGGAUGUCGAAUGUUUUUGUCUCUGCUUAGAACCUCCAUGGAUCAAAGUCCCUCAUAGCCACAUCCUGCAAUUGUCUCUGGAUAAACAGGGAGAGAGAGUAGCAGUGUUUGACCUCGGCAGUGGUGGAGAAGGGAGCAAGAGGCGUCUGGUUGUCUAGUUAGCUACGGUCGGCUGAGCCCAUCACAGCGGACCAUGUGUGCUGCACCUCUGGAAGACUACUGUGGGUCCGUUUUCUGGAAUGCUUCAUAUCUGGAUAGAAAAGAUCCAGACCUCCCACCAUGUGUGGAGCAGACCAUUCUGGUCUGGAUCCCCCUGGGAUUCCUGUGGCUCUGUGCCCCUCGGCACCUGCUGUCUCUGUUCAAGAAAACCCAAGUAAACACAAAGCACCUGUCCAGGCUCUAUCUCUGCAAACAGUUUGUCGUGUCUCUGUUGUUUUUGACGGCCAUUGCGGGCCUCGGAGUCACAUUAGGAGAGGAUUUUGGUCCGAACAGUGACUCAUCAACAGUGAAAAAUGCUGGUGUAUUCUACGCAAAUCCUGUCCUCUACGCUGUCUCAUGGAUCCUUGUGAUGUUGUGCCAGGCAGGAGUGAGGCGGAGGGAAGGAGCAGUCGACUCUGCCACUCUUUUCUGUUUCUGGUUCCUCCUUGUUCUGUGUGACAUUUUCCCUUUCCAGACCCUCUUGCGAGAGGCACUGAGACAGGGAAAGGUCAGUGAUGUCCCUCGUUUCUGCCUUUUCUACAUUUCCUUUGGGCUGGAAUUCAUUGCAUUUAUACUCUCUGCUGUGGCUGACAUCCCUCCAGAAGCUAAGGAGCGUGUAAAAAAGAAUCCUGAAGCAGGUGCACCAUUUUGGAGCAGAAUCACUUUCCACUGGCUCAACAGUAUGACAGUGAAAGGCUACAAAAGGCCCCUGGUGCAGGAAGACAUGUGGGAGCUGAACGAGGGGGAUAGCACUCCUUACAUCAGCCACGAUUUUCAGCAUCACAUGGACUCCGAGUUGAGUAAAGCUCGAAUUCGGUUCCAACACAAGCUGAAGAAGACAGGUGUUAAAGGCAGAGACAAAGCCCGGGAUGAAGCCAUUCAGAAUGGCCUCUCCAAUGGUUUGGGGAAAGGUGUGAGUCAAGAUGUGCUGAUAAUGGAGGAAAAAGGCAAGAAAGAAGAUGGAAAGAAUAAGAAAAAGGACAAGAAGAAGGAGGAACAGAACUACCCCAAUUCAUGGCUGAUCGCCACCAUCUACAAAUCCUUUAAAUGGCUUCUGAUUGAAUCAGCUUUCUUCAAACUUAUUCAGGACCUGCUUACUUUCAUCAGUCCUCAACUGCUUAAAUUGAUGAUCGCCUUCACUCAGGACAAAACCAGUUAUGCCUGGGAAGGGUAUUUGUAUGCAGUACUGCUGCUAGUGACAGCCCUUUUCCAGACACUGUUUCUGCAGCAGUAUUUCCAGCGCUGCUUUGUGCUGGGAAUGAAGGUUCGCACUGCAAUUAUGGCUGCUGUGUACAAAAAGGCAUUAGUCGUGAAUAACGACACUCGUAAAGAGGCGACAGUAGGGGAAACGGUGAACCUGAUGUCAGCAGAUGCCCAGCGCUUCAAUGAUGUGACCAACUUCAUCCACCUGGUGUGGUCCUGCCCACUGCAGAUCAUCAUAUCCAUUGUAUUCCUAUGGAUGGAGUUGGGACCUUCUGUACUGGCAGGACUGGCAGUCAUGGUGCUAAUGGUGCCAGUCAAUGGACUGCUAGCCACCAAGGCCAGAAAAAUCCAGAUUGAGAACAUGAAGCUUAAAGACCAGAGACUGAAAAUCAUGAAUGAAAUACUCAAUGGCAUCAAGAUUCUGAAGCUGUAUGCAUGGGAGCCAUCUUUCCAGGAACAGGUGGAAGGCAUUAGGAAACAAGAACUGAAGGUCAUGAGGAAGUUUGCCUACCUCACGUCUUUCUCCACCUUCAUUUUCAGCUGCGCCCCAGCUCUGGUUUCAGUGGUCUCAUUUGCAGUGUUUGUAGCUGUGAGCAAAGACAACGUAUUAACCGCUGAAAAAGCUUUCACCUCCAUCUCACUCUUUAACAUCCUCCGGUUUCCCCUGGCCAUGCUGCCCAUGCUCAUCGCUGCCAUGGUUCAGACAGCAGUAUCUAGGAAGCGACUUGAGAAAUUUCUGUCUGGUGAAGAGCUCCAGGCCGACAUCGUGCGUCAUGACCCCAGUUUCAGCUCUGCUGUCAGCAUAUGUGACGGUUCUUUUGCUUGGGAGAAAGAAGCUGAGCCUCUGCUGAAAAAUGUGUCCUUGGACAUUAAACCUGGUCGGUUGGUAGCAGUAGUGGGAGCUGUUGGCUCAGGGAAGUCCUCUCUUAUCUCAGCACUGCUUGGAGAGAUGCACAACACUAAAGGCUUUGUCAACAUUCUGGGCUCUCUUGCCUUUGUGCCACAGCAAGCCUGGAUCCAAAAUGCUACUCUGAAGGACAACAUCUUGUUUGGCUCCCCACAUGAGGAAAAGAAGUUCCAGGAGAUAAUCGAGGCCUGUGCCCUCGCCCCCGACUUGGAGCUUCUGCCUGGAGGAGAUCAGACUGAGAUUGGAGAGAAAGGUAUCAACCUCUCAGGAGGUCAGAAGCAACGUGUGAGCUUGGCCAGAGCAGCCUACAAUCAAGCUGAUAUUUAUCUAUUAGAUGACCCCUUGUCUGCUGUGGAUGCUCAUGUCGGGAAGCAUCUCUUCGACAAAGUUAUUGGACCAAAGGGAAUACUCAAAGAUAAGACUCGUAUCCUGGUGACUCAUGGAAUAGGCUUCCUGCCUUAUGUAGAUGAGAUAGUGGUCUUAGUGGAUGGACAGGUGUCUGAAGUUGGAUCAUACAACAGCCUUCGUGCCAGCAAAGGAGCUUUUUCAGAAUUCCUGGACACAUAUGCCAAAGAGCAAAGGAACCGGAGCCAAUCAGAGUCAGAUCGUUGCCAGGAAACUGAAGACUUAGAACUUAUCCCUGACAGUGAAGACAUUCAACCCGACUUACCUUUGGAGGACACAGUUUCCGCUACACUGAAGAGAGAAAACAGCAUCCGUCGCAGCCAACGUAAAACCAGUGUCAGAAGAAGAGUAAAUAGUACUGCAAAUAAAACAGAAGAUGCUGGUGAAAUAAAGAAAGGCCAGAAGCUAAUAGAGAAGGAAAAUAUGGAAACAGGGCAGGUGAAGUUUUCAGUGUAUCUCCAGUACAUGCGAGCAUUGGGCUGGGGAUAUUUUGCCUUGGCCUUCCUGGGAUACUUCCUCCAGAACGCUGCUUUCGUUGGUCAGAACUUAUGGCUAAGUGACUGGACCAGUGAUUCAGUGGAGUACUUCAACGAUACAUACCCUGCCUCGUUGAGAGACCUGAGAGUGGGGGUGUUCGGAGCUCUUGGAGUGGCUCAGGGCGUCUUUGUGUUCUUUGGCACACUGCUGCUAGCCCAUGCCUCAGUUGCUGCAUCUGGUACUCUGCAUUCACGACUGCUCAACAACAUGCUGCGAGUUCCAAUGAUUUUCUUUGACACUACACCGAUUGGAAGACUGGUCAACCGCUUUGCAAAGGACAUAUUCACCAUAGAUGAAGCCAUUCCUCAGACCUUCCGCUCCUGGCUCAUGUGUCUGCUGGGCGUAGUGGGAACACUGUUUGUCAUCUGUCUGGCAACUCCAUACUUCACCAUAGUCCUCAUUCCUCUGGCCCUGAUUUACUACUUUGUACAGCGCUUCUACAUAGCCACUUCAAGACAGCUGCGUCGGCUGGACUCAGUGUCUCGCUCUCCGAUAUACUCUCACUUUGGUGAGACAGUGUCAGGUCUAUCAGUGAUAAGAGCCUACAAGCAUCAAGACAGGUUUCUUAAACACAACGAAAUAACUAUCGAUGAAAACCUCAAGAGCGUCUACCCGUGGAUAGUGUCGAACAGGUGGCUGGCCAUCCGUCUCGAGUCCGUCGGAAAUAUGGUGGUGUUUUUUUCUGCGCUGUUUGCUGUUAUUUCCAGAGACUCUCUGGACAGCGGCCUGGUUGGCAUGUCUAUAUCCUACGCCCUUAAUAUAACACAGACGCUAAAUUGGCUAGUGAGGAUGAACUCAGAGCUGGAAAACAAUAUUGUAGCUGUGGAGAGAGUGAACGAAUACGCGGCGAUUGAGAAUGAGGCUAAGUGGAUAACUGACUCUCGGCCUCCAAAAAAUUGGCCAGAGACAGGAAGGCUGCAGUUUGAAAACUACAAGGUCCGUUACAGACCUGGAUUAGACCUGGUGUUGCAUGGAAUCACUUGUGACAUCAAGAGCACCGAGAAGAUUGGCAUCGUGGGCCGCACAGGAGCUGGCAAAUCAAGUCUAACAAACUGCCUGUUUAGAAUUAUUGAAGCUGCUGAAGGGCGCAUCCUUAUUGAUGAUAUAGAUAUCGCCAAAAUAGGACUACAUGACCUGAGGAACCACCUCACAAUCAUACCACAGGAUCCCAUUUUGUUCUCUGGGACGCUGAGGAUGAACCUGGAUCCAUUUGAAAGAGUCAGCGAUGAGGAAAUCUGGAGAGUACUGGAGCUGUCUCACCUGAAGGACUAUGUAUCAGGGCUGCAGGAAGGACUACAACAUGAAGUUGCAGAGGGGGGAGAGAACCUCAGCGUUGGGCAGAGGCAGCUCCUGUGUCUGGCCCGAGCACUGCUGAGAAAGUCACGGAUCUUAAUCCUGGAUGAGGCCACCGCAGCUGUUGACCUGGAGACAGACGACCUCAUUCAGAAAACCAUCCGCGAGGAGUUUUCAUACUGCACCGUCCUCACCAUCGCCCACCGUCUACACAGCAUCAUGGACAGCUCGAGGGUAAUGGUGCUUGAUGCUGGUAAAAUUGUGGAAUUUGAUUCUCCAAGCAACCUGUUUGAAAAACAAGGCCAUUUCUAUGCCAUGGCAAAGGACGCUGGGAUAACACAAGAAGACAUCAUAACUGGGCUAACGCAAGCAAACAGCACAGCUCUCUAACAGCUCUCUAAUUUGCAUGUGUGUGUUUUUUUAGAGGAUGAUUUUGUUUUAUAAAUUGUUUUUAUUGUUUCCCGAAAAACCUAAACGAAAAGAAAUGUGCAUUGUAUUUAUAAGAAACAAUAUAAAGAAAUCAUAUUCUAUAUAUUAAUCAUUUUUAUAUGUGAACAAUAAAUAUUCUUGGGUUUUAAUAAAGAGAACAACCUCAGUUGUUUAAACUUG